AUGGGUCUCCAUGACGACGGCAGGGGCCCGGCCGGGGGGCGGGCAGCCCGGGUGGGGCCGCGGCGCUCCGGGGGCCUCCGCGGCGGCCUGGCCGUAUUCGCCGCCGUGGCCGCCGUGUUCACCCUCACGCUGCCCCCUUCGGUGCCGGGGGGAGACUCGGGGGAACUGAUCACAGCCGCACAUGAGCUUGGAGUUGCCCAUCCUCCUGGCUAUCCUUUGUUCACUCUGGUGGCUAAACUGGCAAUUAUACUAUUUCCUUUCGGUUCAGUUGCCUACCGAGUCAAUCUUCUGUGUGGCUUAUUUGGAGCAGUAGCUGCAGCAUUACUUUUUUUCACCGUUUUCAGGCUUUCUGGCUCCCAUGCUGGAGGAAUCCUUGCUGCGGGGGUGUUUUCAUUCUCUCGUCUAACAUGGCACUGGUCCAUUGCAGCAGAGGUUUUCAGCUUAAACAAUCUGUUUGUGGGGCUGCUUAUGGCUCUUACUGUACAUUUUGAGGAGGCAGCAACCGCCAAAGAAAGAUCAAAGAUAGCUAAAAUUGGUGCUUUCUGCUGUGGCCUUAGCUUAUGUAAUCAGCACACAAUAGUACUCUAUAUUUUGUGCAUAAUACCAUGGAUUCUCUUCCGACUUUUAAAAGAGAAGGAACUCUCCCUGGGCUCUUUGUUGAAGCUGAGUCUGUGCUUCGGUGCUGGCUUGUUGCCCUAUGUCUACCUUCCUGUCUCGUCCUACCUCAAUCAAGCCCGUUGGACCUGGGGAGACCAGACAACAUUGCUAGGAUUUUUGACGCAUUUUCUCAGGGAAGAAUAUGGAACAUUCAGUCUGGCCAAAUCUGAAAUAGGAUCCAGUAUGUCUGAAAUUUUGCUUUCUCAAGUAACAAGUAUGAGGACCCAACUCUCAUUCAACAUUCAAGCCCUCGCAGUUUGGGCAAAUAUAUCUUUAGCAAGAAAGGACAGACAGAACCCAUCAUCAGUAUGGCUUUUUACUGGAAUGUUUUGCAUUUAUUCAUUGUUCUUCGCUUGGAGGGCGAAUUUAGAUAUUUCAAAACCACUUUUCAUGGGUGUGGUAGAAAGAUUCUGGAUGCAGAGCAACGCUGUGGUGGCUGUGCUCGCCGGCGUCGGCUUGGCCGCACUAGUUUCUGAGAGCAACCGAGUGCUGAACACCAGUGGGCUUCAGUGUCUGGAGUGGCUUUCAGCAACGCUUUUUAUAAUGUACCAAAUAUAUUCUAAUUUCAGCAUUUGUGACCAAAGGACCAACUAUGUUAUUGAUAAAUUUGCAAAGAACCUUCUAGCCUCUAUGCCUCAUGAUGCAAUUAUCUUACUCAGAGGAGAUUUGCCAGGGAAUUCUCUCCGUUACAUGCAUUAUUGCGAGGGACUGAGGCCAGAUAUUUCACUAGUGGAUCAGGAAAUGAUGACUUAUGAGUGGUAUUUACCCAAGAUGGCAAAGCACUUACCAGGUGUCAGCUUUCCUGGAAACCGGUGGAAUCCUGUGGAAGGAAUGUUACCUAGUGGAAUGGUCACAUUUAAUCUUUAUCAUUUUCUUGAAAUAAAUAAACAGAAGAAAACAUUCGUUUGCAUAGGAAUUCAUGAAGGUGACCCAACCUGGAAAAAGAACUAUUCACUUUGGCCUUGGGGUUCUUGUGACAAAUUAGUUCCUUCGGAGAUUGUAUUCAACCCCGAGGAAUGGAUUAAACUCACAAGAAAUAUCUAUAACUGGACCGAAGAAUAUGGAAGGUUUGACCCAUCUUCUUGGGAAUCUGUGGCCAACGAAGAGAUGUGGCAAGCAAGGAUGAAAACCCCGUUCUUCAUCUUUAACCUGGCAGAAACAGCAAAUGUACCUCCAAAUGUGAAGGCUCAACUCUACACUCACGCAUAUAACCUCUAUAAGGAGAUUGUCUAUUUACGAAAGGAGCACCCGGUGAACUGGCACAAGAACUAUGCCAUCUCCUGUGAGCGGAUGUUACGCCUUCGGGCAGGAGACUCAGACCCUGAAGUCUUGUUAUCGGAAACCAUCAGACAUUUCCGUCUCUACACUCAGAAAGCACGGAAUGAUCCACAGCUGCCUGAUAUUUUAGUUGCUCUAAAGCACCUGAGAAAAGAACUGCAGAGUCUGAGGAAUAAGAAAAAUGUCUGAGGCAGCAGAAUGUGAAAAACCUGCUCAUCCUCCCGCUUCCAAAAUUCCAAAGUCCAAAAGUUUUUCCUCCAAGAAAAGAAGUUGUACACAAAACUCGAAGACCGAGUCAGCUCCCAGAUAUCAGCAACGUGGUAGGGCAGUAUACUGUUCA